GAUGCUGUAAACAGAUUCAUAAUGUCCACAAUGCAUACGCAGACAUGCUGUAACAGCAAACUGCCUAGCUCAGACAUUCUCUCGGACUCCCCCAUUCAUGAGGGUACACCCGAGUCCGCGUUGUUCUAUGCCCCUAUUACUAUUACAUAAAAUGGACAAACACAACAUCUACUAAUCUAUAAAAUUCUAAGAUCUGACCAUGACAUACAUAAGGUCUGUUUACUUGAAUAUUAAAUUAUUAUUCGAUACAUAAGUGAAUACCCGUAUGCAUCUUUGAAGUAGAUUACUAAAUUGAUGACUAGGUUUUGCCCGAGAGCUUCACUUUGCCUUAGCUCUGGUAGUUCAUGGAUCAGAAUAAGAAGCGGCUUAUCUCCUCAUCAGCCUCACAACACUUCAUUCAAAACAAUCAUUUCAGAUACAUUAAGAGACCCUCGUGUGGGUCCAUUAUUGUCAUGUAGGGAAAGAUGAACAGACAGACUUUCGCGUUCAUUUCGCGUAUUAUUACAGUAUGGAUAAUUAUAACGUUAACUUCACUAUCAUUAUUUUCAUUCAAAUUAAUGUUGGUAGUUGCAACAUGUAAACAUUUAAAUAAAAACGACUUUUAUGAAAUAAGUUUCAUAACUCUGAGUAAAUAGGCACAAUGAAGAGUCUCAUUAUUACCUCAUUGUUAGUAACAGCCAUUUCAGCUCAAGAUGGAACAGAAGAUUUAGAACAAUAUGACAUAUCUUCAUUUAAAUACCACGAAAGAAUUGGUAUCCCUGAAGCUGCGUUAAUUAAAAUUGCUGAGGAAGAAAUAAAUAAGCACCCUUCUAAAAUAGUUGGUGGAACCCUAGCUAAAGCUGGAUCAUUCCCCUAUCAAGCUGGUUUACUAAUAACAACAGAAGAGGAUAGGACAUCCAUGUGCGGUGCUAGUUUGUUGUCUAACACCCGGCUGGUGACGGCAGCGCACUGCUGGUGGGACGGAGACAGGAGAGCCAAGAGGCUCGAGGUCAUCCUCGGCUCCACACAACUGUUCCAUGGAGGCACCAGGGUUGUCACCAAGAACGUCACCAUGCAUCCCAAAUGGAAACCCAGCAGGGUGCAGAAUGACGUGGCCAUUAUUGUUAUUCCUUGGGUGGAUUUUAAUGAUCAAAUAAGGAGCAUUGCAUUACCUUUUGGUUUUAGUCAAGACUUUGCCGGGUCGAAAGCCGUUGCAUCAGGAUUUGGAGUUAGGAGACGGGGCGAGGAAUGGACGGAAGACCAGUCGGUGAAGUUCGUAUGGCUGCAGGUGAUCAGCAACAAAGUCUGCAAGGAGACUUACCCGACGGUGGUGAGGUCCAGCAACAUCUGCACGAGCGGCGUGGGGACGGUGGGCACGUGUGCUGGGGACUCCGGCGGACCCCUCGCGUUGGAAGCAAAUGGCACUAGGUACUUGAUCGGCAUCGUGUCUUUCGGCUCUGCUCGCGGGUGCCACACGCGGCGACCGAGCGCGUACUCUCGCGUCACUUACUAUCUAAAGUGGAUUAAUGCUCGCCUGUAAACUUUUCACUUGUACAGGGUGGAACUUUAUCCGUGACCGACCCGAAGUCAGGCCAAUGUUUGUCUAACCCUUACGGACCAGUUGUGUGUAAUAAAAAAAAUCAAAUGCUGUUUGUUAAACCAUUUAACUAUCGCUUUGUGGUACGGUCGUUUAAACUAUUUCAAAAUUAUUAUUAGCUAGAUGUUAUAUUUCGGAAAAAUAACCAUUCUUUGGAUCUAUCAGUGAUAAAAUUUUACUCUGUAAAACAGUAUAAAUGCCUGUCGUCGCAAGUCCACAGCCUGAAUAAAACAAAAAGCGGUUUGAUUCUGAAUUGCAAAUGAAAAUAGCAGGCGCUUGUUAAAAUACAACAUUGCAGGAACUGACAAAAAUAUACAGUGAAGUGAAGGGAGUGUACCUACACUGUACCUACCCCCACUUACGUUUGGGAACAGACUACAAUGAUCUACGAAAGAUUGCAUCUUUGAACUCUAAUAAAUUUAUUUCAAUUUAAUAAUAGCUUAGUAAUGUUCA